AUUACUAACCAUUUUGUCUGUCAUUGGGUUAUCUGAUGUCAACAACAACAGUCAACAUAAAUGAAAGUUUGUCUAUCGGUGCCAACAAUUAUAGCAAAAAUGGUAGUAAUUUGGUUGUGGAAGAAGCGGACGAAGAUGAAGAUCGUAAUCUGACGCUAUCUGAAGAUAGUAUUAUGUCUAAUGUAUUCAAUAAGUCGGGUAUUCAAGACCUGACCGAUGCCUUCUCGUUCACGGGAAAGAAUGACGACGAAAUCCAAAGUGAAUGUUCAUUACUUAAUAGUAACAAUAGUUUGGCUCAACUCAUACCCGGAUGGGAAGGUAUUCCCAUUAAUAUUGCCAUCAAUUUUGUUGUCGGAUUUUUACUUCUUGUGGCUUUCGGUAUUAUUAGGCGUUGGGUUAUUGUCACAGAAAAAGAUAUGUCUAAUCAUGGAUUUAAAAGAGCCCUAAAAACUAAUUGGCUUCAUUUCAUAUAUGGCAACAAAAAAUAUAACGACAAUAUCUACUAUUCAAUGARACAUAUCAAUCGUAAUCAUCCGAAAGCCUAUCUUCCUCUGGUUUUGCACGGAUACGACAUGAAAGGCAACGACUUCGACGAUGACGACGAMACUACUGUCUCCCCUGAAGUACCACUAUUUAUGACUUCUAUUCAUUCUCAACAAUCGAUGAACAAUAGUGAUAUAAAAACSGAAACAAAUCAUAAGAAACAGGACUGUCCUACMARUCCUGUCUCUAAUGAAUCAAAUCCKGGAAAAACACUUCAAAGAACCAAAAGUGAAUUAGAGAUCGCAAACGAUCAGCURAAGAUURCAAGACUAAAGUCAGUYCUUAACAGYGACUUAAAGAACGAAGAAGACAUGACAUCUAAUUUGAUAAAUUCAGACAAAACUGCAAAGACAUUCAAACAAUGGAUUGUAAAAUAUUUGCUAAUUAAAGACAUCGAUAUAUUGAAUAAACGCGGUUCAGAUGCCAUACAAUAUCUAGUGUUUCAGCGAUUUAUUAUCUAUUAUCUCACAUUUAUGACAAUAAUUUGUUUAACAAUUAUAAUGCCAUUCAAUUUGGACGGCAGUCGUCUCGAUAAUAAAGAUAACUUAUAUUACCGAAAGACAACUACACUCAACAUUGAACAAAACUCGUCAAUGAUAUGGAUUCACGCACUCAUGACUAUAAUGAUUGUAAUUAUGGGAUUUUAUCUGAUGAACAACUUUGAAGAGAUGAUCGUCAAUGAAAAAGAUCUGAACGUCGAUAAUAGGGUUGUAUUGAUUGAGAAUAUUCCUGAAGAGAAACGGGACGUGAAUUUGUUGAAAAAGUUUUUGUUGCAAAAGUUUCCGACGGUUACCAUAAUUCGCAUUACGUUUAUCUACGACACAAGUAAAGUGAUGUCAAUGAUGACACAGAUGUUGACCACAAUGGAGGCCAAGUCUUACUGUAAGUACUACUUGAAACAGUACGGCCAACGRUGUGAAGUCAGACCAUACACUUUAGGCAACUUUUUGGGCAUAUUUUGUUGUUGUCUGUGUUUUCCCAAAGUUGAUGGCAUUGAAUACUAUAGAAAACAAAGAGAAGAACUGGACGAACAAAUUACAACUGAACUCGAGGUGACGGCAUCUCAUCCGACACGUAUGGCUUUUGUCAUCUUUGCCAACGAAAAUAAUGCCAAAAAAGUUUACGAUACAUAUCACMGCUAUUUGCCGUAUAGUAUAUCAAAAUUGAUUCAAUGGAUCAGAGGUCCGYCGAAAGAUGACUUCAAUUCGUGGACAUGGAUUGUAUCUUAUGCUCCAUCUCCUGAUGAUAUUGAUUGGAAUCAGAUAGUAGUCUCACCGAUGAAAGUCUGUUUGUCGACAAUUAUCUUCAAUUUGUUAAUAGUUUUGGUCUUUCUAUUCCUUUCGACUCCCAAUUCAUUGAUUAAUAUGAUUAAACUGUUGCCCAGUAUUAACCAAACAUUAGUCGAAGAAAYGGAUAAUCAGGAUAAUGACCAAAACGAAAAUGUAGACAAAGUGUCAAUAUUGUUGAGCUCCUAUUUGCCAACAAUGGUAAUGUUGAUAUGUUCUUCAGUGUCGCCAUUGUUUAUAAAGAUAUUCAAUCAGUUUAUCCCGUGUCGCACAAAAUCGGACUAUAAUUACCAAAUUUUCUAUAAGUUCUACAUAUUUCUUGUGUUUAUGGUAUUGAUAUUACCCUCACUGUCUAAUCUAACUCUAUAUGCAAUAUUAAAGUCAUGGGUAGCAGUGCGCCGCCUAAGCUGGCACUGUAUAUUUCCAACAGAUAACGGCCCAUUUUUUCUCAAUUAUGUGGUYGCCUCAGCACUGGUAGGCAAUGCCAUGGAGCUGACUCGUAUACCCGAACUGGCUAUGUAUAUUGUAAACAUGUUGUUUGUAUCGCGGACUCCGGCCGAGUAUCUGGCGGCCCGACAAGACAUCCGUUUUGAGUUUUUUUUCGGCAUAUUUUAUCCMAAGAUUUUGUUAAUGAUAGCUAUUGUCAACACUUAUUGUAUAUCAAAUCCAUUUAUAGCACCGUUCGGUUUGAUUUAUAUAAUAAUAAAACAUUUGGCGGACAGGUAUCUGCUGUAUCACGUGUAUGCGUCGUCACSAAUCAACCAACGGAUGCAUAGAAGUGCCGUAUUUUUUCUGAAGUCAUCAUUGGGUUACUUACUGUUUCAGGUGUACUUCAAUUUGAAUGGUAAGACCAAUAAAAAUCCAUCGUUUGUUAUAUUAAUAGCUCUGAUAUUACACUUAUGUUAUGUAAUAUUUAAAGGCCUCAGUCUUAUUAUAUGCUCUUAA